UUGGUUAUCUAGGCUAGGCUGAUCGGAGUUACAGCUUCGUAUACUUUGGCGGCGGCUGCGUGGAUUGCUUAAUCUUCUCCUUCCUUCCUUCCUAUUGACUGACGUUUCUCUCCGUAGGGGAAGAUUCGUAUUGAUGCAGAUUCUCCGAUCAAACCUAUAUUAUAUAUGCUCAAAUCUUGAUUGAGAUAAGCUCCGGUGACAGAUAGAUCAUUAUCCUACUUGUCUCACAGGUCUGCAACUUCCUUCUUGGUUGGUAGAUUCGAUUUAUAAAUGGAUCGACAAGCUCACGAGUACGCUGCUGCUAUGGCCUUUGCUCAACAACAACAACAGCAACAGCAGCAGCAACAACAACAGCAACAACAAUUUGGUUUUCAUCCCCAACAACAGUUCCCUCCAUCAGUUCACGGUCCUCCAUUCCUUCCCCCACAACAUCAACAAUAUCCUUUUCCCCGUCAUAUGCAGCCACAUCAACUUCAUCCUCAUCCCCCACCGCCUCAUCACCUUAUGCAUCUUCAGCCACAACAACCACAACAACAACAACAUCCCAUGGCUGGAUUUCCUCCUCACGUACCCCCACACCUUGUUCCUUCAACUUUCCAGGCUCCAUAUGACUCUGCUCCGCCUCCAUCUGAUCCAGAACUUCAAAAGCGUAUAGACAAGCUUGUUGAAUACGCUGUUAAAGUUGGUCCCGAGUUUGAGAUCAUGAUUCGUGAAAAGGAACAAGAUAAUCCUGCUUAUAAUUUCCUUUUCGGUGGGGAAGGGCAUAACUAUUAUCGUUACAAGCUUUGGCUUUCAACACAACCAACAAUGAUGCAUCCUCCAAACCAUAUGAUGAAUGCACCGCCACUCCACCAACCUCCUUUUCAACCGUUCUAUGAUAAGCAGUUGCACCAUCAGCACCCUCAGGCAUUCAUUGGUCAUGUUCGACCAGAUUUUGAUCAUGGUUCGAGGCCGUUCAAAGGUCUUGCCGGACCUCUUCCUUCGGAUGUUGCAGUGGAGCUGAAUAGUGUACUCGGAAGCCUCACUGGAACUAAGGAAUCUAUCAAAAGUGCCAAGGCUUGGUUUAUGCAGAGGUCCCCAUUUGCACCGGCUCUGGCUGAGGCGUUGAGGGAUAGGGUUUUUUCUGUGGAUGAUUCCGAGAGACAAUUGCAUAUUGUUUUCCUCGCCAAUGACAUUCUAUUCGACAGCUUGACAAGUAGGCGCAGCAAUCCGCAUGACCUUGAUAAUGAGGCACUUGCAUUUAAACCAGUCCUAGGUUCCAUGCUAGCCAGGAUCUAUCAUAACCCCCAAAACAAGGAGGAAAAUCAGUCACGAUUGCAGAAGAUCUUACAAUUUUGGGCAUCCAAGGAAGUAUUUGAUCAAGAAACCAUCCGGGCAUUCGAGAAUGAGAUGAUGAUUGGUGGACCGAUAAUCAAUUCGGUUCUUGGCAUGCCAAUGCCAAUGGAGUUACCUUCUUCUUCAUUAAAUAAUCCGGCUGCAGGAUCUAGAAGCCAGUGGCAUGACAGACAACAAAUUCCAGUCCUUCCCAUUAUCGCAGACAAAGAGCAUCUUGAUCCAAUACCAAUGUUAACUUCUCCAAUUCCCAUUCCCGGUUCUGUCCAACCGCCAUCUGUUCCAUCCUCCGAAAAAUUACCACCUUACCCUUUAUUCCCUCCAGGGCUAAUUCCGGGUAUGGUUAGAAAAAUGCAAAUCGGUAGCGGUGUGCCUUACUCUCCCAUGAGCCCUUUAGAUAUCCCGACAGUUAUCCCACCUUCUGAAGUCCCUCAGUCAGAAAUACUCGAGAGAGUUUCCAAAUUUUUCAAAGAGAUAGGCGAAGUAAACCCUUCAGAAGGGCCAAUGAAAUCAUCAGAUGAGAAUGAAGAUGAGCAUGAGAGAAAUAGCACUCCGGUUAGAAAAGGAGGAGCGUGCAUUCCUCCUCCGGCUAACCUUGUUAGGGCGGUGGAUCCAGAAACGGGGACUUAUGCUGAUGGAAGUGUGGAAAGGAAGCCCGGUUCUAGUAGCUCGGGGCGGUUGGGACUUGGGGCGACUGCAGAUCCUAACGAGGUUAGUCAAUAUGACGAUGUUUAUUCUUCUUAUAGAAAACAAAGGAGUUCGAAUUAUCAUACUUCUAUGAGUGCUAGGGCUACUCCUACUAGUAUUCCUAGUAGUACUACGAAGUAGAAAGUAUUGUUUUUGAAAGGGUGAAACAAACGCAACCUCCUGCGCUACAAUGGCACAAAGUAGAAAGUAUUAUUGUCAUUGUGGUUUUUUUUAGUUGGUCUAUUUGAACUUAGAAGAGGACAAGUUACUUAAUUUGUAAUUUCUCAUGUUCAUCCGUUUUAUUU